ACAAUGAAAUUCAAUCACAAUUAUUCGACUUGAUUACAAUCUCGUCAAUUUACUCUGUAACGGCGUCAUCCAUUGCGAUGAGUACAUAGUGGAAUGCAUGUGCAUUCUUAUUUACCUGCUAGUGCAGCUUUGUUUAUGUGUUUGUGACUUCGUGGGACUAAGUACCAAUGAUUCACCAAGAAAUGUUUCGCAAAAACUGGUCAGACACAAAAAGCGGACCGGCAAACGAUUAUUGCGUGUUUGUUUUAUCCUCCUUCUCCUUAAACAAUUUGACAGGAGUGGGUAUUUGAGCUAGCAUUUUCCAUUUUCCAGACUUGUUGUUCUGUUGCUGGAACUAAAUUUUGUCAAGGACAAAGACCCACACGUGCAGAUUCAUAGGUGAUUGGCCGUGCUUAAAAAUGUCCUGUUAUCGCACUACUAGGCUAUCUCAAUUAACGAGUGUCACUUUAUUACUGUAUUUUUUCCAAUUUCAUUGAACCCUAAAUAUUCAUAAACAAAUAAACAUUAAUCCCAGAUAACAGGUCGCUAUGAAUUCGCUUAGAGAAUUCGCAGAGAAUGUCGCGUUAAAACAGAGAACUCGAAUUCUCUCAGAUUUCGUUAUUAUUCUCGUAUCGAAUUCGCAUCGAAUUCGGUAAUUAUUCGUACCUAAAUUCGAUAUUACGCUCAUUUCAGAAUUCGUAACGAAUUAGACUCGAAUUCUCAGAGAAUUCUUCUAUCGAAUUCGAAACGACUUCACUAUGAAUUCUUAAACGAAUUCGCUGUUAUUGUAGUUAGGAAUUCUCCCCGAUUUCGAUAGGAAUUCUUCUUACAGGAAUAGGAGACUAUAUACUGUUCGCCUUAAAUCUCGAAUUCGUAAAUAAUCCUUAGAGAAUUCACUGUGAUUUCUCUCUUUCACGCUGUUAUUAUAUUUUUAAGUAAUUUUAGCUGCCACAUUCAAAUCUUUCCUCAUGGGAAGGAGACGACUUUUUCAGUUGAGUGCUCGCCAAAAAAGAAGACUUGUAAAAAGACGAAGUGAAAUUUUUGAGGAAAAUUUAAAUAGUGACCUAGUCCAGGCCGAAGGGGAAAACAUUUAUUUAGAACAAGUGUUCGAAGAAGAUCUGGAAGAAAUUGAAGUCGGAAGUAACACGAGUGAAGGAAGUUCAACUGAAACAAUUAGCUCAGAAAGCGAAGAUGCGGUAGCAGCUCACCCUAGGACUCCAAAUUUUCCAGACGAGGGCACAGUUGACGAAGAAAUACACAAAUCUCUUAAGAACGUAGCAGAUAGAGUUGGGAAGCGUAUGAGAUACAAAUAUAUACAAUCGAUAAUAACUGUUGGAAAAGAUUUUAGAAAUAACAUUAGUAUAUUUUCAAUAGGAAGUGACUUAACAUCGCGGCCAAUUUCACUACCAGGGUCAUCUGAUUAUUCAACUUAUGUUUAUUUUAAUGUAAACAGUUAUGUAUAUUACAUGAUAUUUAGAAUAAAUAAAAUAAACUAUAAGCUGGAUUAACUCGAAAUAUAGGAGAAAUCGUAUCGAUUUAUUACUUAAUUCGCAGUGAAUUCGUAUAGAAGUCGCAUUAAAUUCGUGGAGAAGUCGCAUUGAAUUCGUUUAGAAAUCGUUAUGAACUCCUACAUAUUCAUCGAAUUCAAGACGAAAUCGCGAAGACUUACCGGCGAAAUCGAUAUACGAUUCUCCAUCGAUUCUCUGUCGAAUCGGCGGACAUUUCCCUUCGAUAUCUCCUCGAAUUUAUCUCGAAAGUUGGAAAUUCGAGGCGAAUUCGAUAUCGAUAUCAAAGCGAAUGUAAUAUCGAAACAUAAGAGAAUUCAGAGCGAAUUGUUAUCUGGGAUAUGAUCUACAUGACUAACAAGCAACAAAUUUCUUAUUCUUUGUUCUCCAGUUAAUUAUUAAUCGUUCAAACAUGUAUGCAUGAACACUAUGGCUUGGGCUAAAAAUGAAUUUACUCCUUCAUGUAAUGCUACUACACUAGGAUACGUUAUUGCGCAUUCGUAUAUUCGUACAAGUAAAUUGUUAUCAUUUAUUUACAUAUUACACAUUUUAAAGCUAUUUUCCUCCUUCGAUAAAAAAUUGGCAACGUGCGCCCCACAACUGGAUGAUGAAGAUUGAUAUUCAGUAACGCGCACUCAGCUCCAGGUUCUACUUUGUCAGUCUGUUCAUAAAUCUGUAUAUGCAACUACGUGUUUGUUGGCCCACCUCUCGUGUGGACAAUCAAACGAGGAAAAGUCGAAAGAAUUCGAUUUUUAUCUCCACUCGAAUUGGGAAUUCUUAAUAAAUAGUCAUUAAUUUUUAUGUUGAGUAAUAAUAACAGUGUUUAGCACAACGGCCUUUUUUACAACUAUGUACCUAUGUAUGUAAGUAACUAUAUAUUGUAAAUAGAUUGCUUACGAUGUGUUUGGCAACCACCCGAUUCGGAAUUUGACAAGUAUUUUAAUUUGUACAUCAAUCUGUGCAUCAUGCGGUUGAAGGUUUUAAUAAGGAAAACCUGAUUAUCGCCUUUUUGUCAUGUCAUCCAGACAUCGUCUGGUCGUGGUUGAAACACAAAAACAACCCAUAUCUUCCCUUACUUUUCCAUGCUUGCACGGUCAAAAAAAGUUUAAUAGAGCUCGUAAAAAGUACUCACGUCAUAUGCAACCUAGUCUAAAUUUGUUUAUCAUGAAAAUUUCAUGUACUGCGCUGACUUGAAUUGAAAAUGACUUGGACACACUCCUUCUCACCUAAGUAUUUGUACUCCCAGAUCAAUCCCGUACAUUACAAACGAUAUUACAAAAUAAAUGUCCAUGCAUACCUACCGUACAUAUGUGUAUGCAUGUACGAUUGUUUAUUCGGCCAGCCCUUUAGCACAUGUUUACUGCAUUACAUACGAAUGAUUAUAUAGUAUCGCAGUAAUUUUAAAAUCUAAACUUCACAACGAGUUCGGUGUUGACAGUGAGCAGUUGAUUUUAUUUUCUCAGUAUGAAGCCGUUGAACAGAUUUAGUCUGGUCGUACCAAUUAUUGGUUUGAUUUUCAUAGCUCAUAAAACCUGCUUUGCAGCUAAUGUACUGUUUAUGCAUACAGGAUCCACAUAUAGUCACAGGGUUGCAGAAUGGCCGCUUGUGGAAGGGUUGCUAGCUAAGGGUCAUAAUGUGACGUUCAUUUCGCCCUUUGGUCCAAGUGGGAAGAUGGCUCAUCAGAAGGUUACCGAAAUUGUACCACCAGCACUACAUAGCUUGGUGUCAAGUCUUCUGACUGACAAUUUCGAUGUAAAUUAUCGUGCGUAUGGAAUUCUUCCUCCACUUUUCGUUGUUAUGGACCUUUUCUCCUACCAAGUAUGCGACGUGACACUUUCAUCACCUGAAAUACAAGAAUGGCUAGCAAAGAAGCCAAAAAUCGACCUCGUAAUAGGCGAUAUGAUUACGGAAUGCUCAUCAGGCCUGGCGUUGCAUUUUGGGGCGAAACACGCACUUUUCUCUCCCAUACCUCUGAUUACGGAACAAUAUGAGUAUCUUGGGAUAAGCUCCGAAUCAGCUUCCAUCCCGGACUACGAUGUCACAAGGCCGGUUCCAUUGACUUUUGUUGCCCGGGUCAUAGGCACCAUACUUCCUUUGUACUACCUGGUCAUGGACGUAGCAUUGUAUCCCUGGUACGCAGCUCUUUUUAGCAGAACUUUGGGACUAGACCAGCUUCCUGACGUGCAUGAAAUGAGAGGAAAAGUGGACCUCCUUCUUAUUAAUGGAAAUUACAUCUCUGAUUAUCCAAGAUCGUGGCCCCCACUAGUGGCAAAAGUCGAAGGGAUUCAUAUCAAGAAAAACAAAGAAAGGAAACCAUUGGCUAAGGAUGUCGAAAACUUCAUUAACAGUAGAACGGAAAAUGGCUCCAUCAGUGACGGCUUCUUGUUUAUGAGUUUCGGAACAGUCGCGAAAGCUCCAAGUCUUCCGGUUGCACUCAAGAAAAUAUUUUUUGAUACUAUCGAGUCUUUUCCAAAUAUAAAAUUUAUCUGGAAGUGGGACGGAAAGAAGCCUGAAAUUUAUCCAAAGAAUUUGCUCAUGGUACCGUGGGUUGAUCAGCAAGAUAUUCUAGCUCAUCCAAAAAUUAGAGGAUUUUUAACUCAAGCUGGCAGACCAAGCACACAGGAAGCUCUUUACCAUGAGGUCCCUAUGAUCACAUUCCCAAUUUUGGGAGAUCAGGAUUUUAAUGCUCAGAGAAGUGCUGACUUGGGAUUAUCAGUACUCUUGGACUUUGUUGGACUUACUGAAGAAAACUUGAAAAAUGCGAUUUCAGAAAUUUUAACAAAUAAAAAGUACAAGGAAAGAGUUUCACAGCUUGCCAACUUGGCUAGAGACGUGAUUUUCGACCCCGUGGAUGUAGGGGUGUGGUGGGUCGAAUUUGUUAUGAGACACACUCAAGAAGAGCUGGAUCUCAUGAAACCACUGGGUCGACAUCUGUCUUGGUAUCAGAAGCGGAAUUUGGAUUGUUGGCUUUUCCUAUUAUUGCUCUUUUUAGCAGGAUCGUAUCUCACAUUUUUCAUCUGCAAAAGAUUAUUAAAUAGAUUCAUGUUUUCCAAUGGUAAUGAAUCUAGUUCUCAAACAACAAAUACUAGCACGAACAACAACGCACAUAGUAAAAAGACAAAUUAAUUUAUGUUUAAUAUUCAAAAUAGCGAAAAGUAUUAACAAUGUAAAUUUUCGGGUUGUCUAUCUUUAAAAAUGUGAUAUGCGAGUCUGUGUUAUAGACUUAAUUAAUUAUUAUGUAAUGACUACACCAAUGACUGUGACUAAUUAAUUCAUAAAUACAAACCGUUUUAAUA